AGUUUGGUUAUGGGGGAACGGUGUUGUCUGGACUCUGCUGGUCCGGGGCGGGGCGGGGGCGCGGCGGGAGUGCUUGGUUAAAUCUGUCUUGUCUUGUCUCUUGUCUCUUGCAGUUCUCCUAGAUAUGAUAUGGAGUUCAAAUCGUGUGGCGCUGCUUUGGGUGAAACGGAAACGGUAUCUAUGGCAUGGCACUUUUCCGCCCUCCUCCUACUUCUUCCCAUCCUCCUCCGCCCCCGCCUGCCCCGCCCGCCUUUCUUUUUCUUUUUCUCCCGUUUUUUUCUUUCUUUCUUUUUUUUUUUCCCUUUUUUCUUUUCUUUUGUUGUCCAGUAGCUUGCACGUGCAGUUAAGAUGGAGCGAUGUCAUCAACAUCAAUUUUCUUUUCUUUUCUUUUCUUUUCUUUCCUCAAGUUUUUUUCUGUUGGGGAAUGCGAUGUGCUGUGAUGCGAGUGCGAUGCCGCGUGAAUAUAAACCUGCUUUUCGUUGUCGCGCACUGGGUGAUACACACAUACGAGUUUUCGUGUUUGGUGACUGGUGACUGGUUGAACCGUGGGGGAGGCCGGAUGAGGUGUUGCGAGCCUCAACUAGUCUCGGUGAUGUCUCGACUCUUUCCAAGAUGGUGACUUGAAAGCUGGGGAGAAGGAGGCGUGUAAACUGGCGAGUAAACGGGUGCAAUUGUAGAAACGGGUGC